AUGAAAGUGGAGUGCCUAAUUUUGGUCUUUGUUCUCUUGGUUUCUGGCGUUGCCAUAAAGGGUGUGAGGAGCUUAGGUUUUAGUCCGAUCGGCGUGAACAACCCUUACGUGAGGGAGGCUGCAAAUUUCGCCGUAAGAGAGCAUAAUAAGCAAUCUGGUGAAAAAUUGAAGUUGAAAAAGGUAAUUGUGGCCGACAAUGAGCCGCUAGAUGGGAAUAAUGGGAUCAUGUACCGCCUUACCCUUGAGACCACCCAUGGCUCAUACAACCAUUACCAAACCUUUGUGUUGAUUAAGCCAUGGCUGCCUUCCCACAAACUCAAGCUCCAAUCCUUUUAUCCUGUUCAUGCUUAA